AUGACACUGACUAACUUGCCGUCAAUAACGCUCCCUUUUCCUCCGGACAUUCGUGCCUUUGAUAUCGCACACAAAAGAAUUCGUUCGAAGAUCUGUCAAAAAAGUCCAAAUGCUUUUUUUAUCUACCGCAAAGUGUUUGUCGAUCAUCUUUCGAAACUGCAGCACAAGUUGAAAAUGACGGAUGUUUCAAAAUUGGUUGGUUAUCAUUGGAAAUCAGAACCUGUAGAAGUUAAGAUGGCCUACGAAAACAUUGCCAGGGAGGUUGAAAAGGAAUUGAACAAUAUAAGGAAUAAGGAUUUGGUAUAUGAGGACAUACAUGAAAAGUGCCGAAGAAAAAGAAACAAACAAAUUGGCAAAAAUAACCGAAAAUCGCUAAAUUCCCGAACAAGGAACUCUCUAGCCAACUUUGAUGCCGGAGCGAACCUCAUCACGACGCUCGACUUUUCCGUUAAACCAGCUACGCAGCAAGUUGAUGAUGUUGCCAAAGCAUCCUUAGCGUCCCCUAACUCAACCACCGAAGACACCGCCAUUAAUGUCGUUCAGUUUGUUGAUGAUACGCACAUUUCCGAAUCUGAUCUUUACGUAGAUCACGUCGAAGCUUCAACGAAUGGAGUAGGAAUGGACACUUUUGAUUCGUACAACAAUGACAUUCGAGUUUCCUAUGAAAACGUUUCGUUCCCUUUCGAUUUUCCUGCCUUAUCGUUGCCGGAACCUCAUCUUGCUUUUUAUGACCAAUCGAUUACUUUUGACAGUAGUUCUACGAUCUCUAGUCUAUCGGACCAUCUUUCGCCGCAACUUACUGAAGAAUUCCUCGAAUCGAAGGAAUUUCACUUGAGUGAUAUUCGCGACAAUGAUGCCUUUUACGGAUCUUUCUAUCUUACACAUGGCGCCUUUGAACAUUUUUUCGAUAAUCCGAAUAAUUCGUGA